AAUAAUAUGUAAAAUAAGCAAUAAACAUCUAAUAUGUUAUAAGAAUAAAUUAAAUAAAAGUUAAAUUACAAAUAUGCUUGUAGUACUGUUUGUAUUUUAGAAGUUAAGGUUACUGAAAACACUUAGUUUAUUCACGAAUAUGGAGACAGUUCGUGUUAAGUAAGUCGUUUUUUUAAAUAUUUAUUUUGUAAAAUGUCACAAAAUCACUCGGACUAUGUCUGUGAUUACUGCAGCCGUUCGUUCACUAGAAAAUACAAUCUUCAAACUCAUAUAGAAAAUUGUCACUUAAAUUCGUCGUGCUACUGUGAAAUAUGCAAUCAAAGGUUCGGCAGCCCUGCUGGCCUGCAGCUCCAUCUGUCAAGAGGUCAUAACAGAUUCGGCCAAGGCUUGCCGGAAUGCGACAUAUGCGGGAGGAUCUUCACGAGAAAGCAAAAUAUCACGUCGCAUAUGAUAACAGUUCACCUUCAAGGCGGCAGACCGGAUAUCCGUUGCACAUUGUGCAACAAGACAUUCACGACCGAUCGUAACUUGAAAAGACACGUGAACCACUUACAUAACCCGGAUAUUGAAUAUCCUACUUGCGACGAGUGCCAUAAAGUGUUCAAAGGUAAACACUCGUUGAUAACUCACAUACAGUCGGCGCAUAAUUCAAUCUUUAGAUUAACAAAGUGCAAUCUGUGCGGGAAGGUGUACACGAAUAAUCGAAAUUUGAAACGGCAUGUUGAGAUGAAUCAUGGGGAAAGGGGUGAAUUUAAGUGCGAUAUGUGCCCGAAGGUCUACACAUCUAACCAGAGCUUGAAGCGACACGCCCGUAGUCACACUACGUACAAUUAUUCUCAAUUUAACUGCGAGUUUUGUUCAAAAACAUUCAUUGGCAAAGAGAAUCUUAAAAACCACGUGCUAUUCUGCCAUAGACAAGAAAAUUCGAGUUCGAAUGAUUACGACGCGGCCGGGUCUAAUCGCAUCUAUGAAUGCGAAUUUUGUAAUAAGGGCUAUGAAUACGAGUCAAGAUUACGGUACCAUAUUAAAUCUGAACAUUCGUUCCAAGACUUCUACAGUUACUGUAAGAAAUCUCUCUUAAAAGCCACGUGGAGUUCAGAUAAGCAACGCAAGCAGAAUCUAAUGUUUUACAAUUGUGAAUAUUGUAUAAACGCGUUCGCGACCGUUUACGAUUUAAAAGAUCACAUGCGAACUCACCAUGACAGGGAAUACAAUCUGUCUACCUGUAAUGUCUGCUUCAGCAAGUUUUUCAGCAAAGAAACGUUAAUCGACCAUAAGAAAAUCUGUUUCCCACCUGAUAACGUGAACUCAUGCAGCCAUUGCGACAAAUUGUUUACGGAUAUAUCAAGUUUAAUAUUUCACACGAGAAUCUUCCAUCCACAAGCUCAAAUCGCCGAUUCGAAUAUAUCUUCGACCAACAUGGAGGAUUCGAUGGUAGCUUCCUUCAGCUGUCUCCACUGUGAUCGCAUAUAUUAUAGCGAUAGGUCCUUGAAACAUCACGUUAAAUUGAAACAUACAACCGAGGAGGCCGUCGAAUGUCAAUCUUGUGGAAAAUUGUGCAAUAACAAAUAUUAUUUGGCGUCUCACAUAAAAAUCGUUCAUAAUAACGACUCUUGGUCGAAAUGCGAUUAUUGUGACAAACAGUUCAAAUCGAAGAGGAGUAUACGACGCCAUAUUGAGAACACCCAUUUAGGCAUGCAGAGAUACAAGUGCAUUGAAUGCGAGACGCUGUUCAAAGAGAAGAGAAGCUUAAGGAAGCACGUUAGAACGAAGCAUCCAAAUUCGACGGCGUUUCCUCAAUGCCAUAUUUGCGAAAAGCGCUUCGAAUCGGCGAAAUCUUGUAAGAUUCACCUGAAACUUUUGCAUUCAUUUAAUAUGAACACGCAUCCGUGCGAUCUCUGUUCGGUUUCAUUCACGUCGAUCGAAGCUUUAAAUAUACAUUUAUCGACGAAACAUUUGGCUGAGGACGAGAUUUACAAGUGCGAAGAGUGCAACAUUGUUUUCAAAGGUCAGGAAAGAUUCGACCAUCACAAUGAGAACUACCAUACGAAUGUACCGAAUUUGAAGCAGAAACCGCUCCCCCGUUGCAUAAUAUGCAUGAAAGAUUUCAGCACGCGCAAAACUCUGAAGAGGCACAUAAAGAAGUUUCACUGCGAAUUUAAUGUCGACGAAUUAGCUACAUAUGGUUCUAGGAAGCGGAGUUUCAAUGUCGACUGUGGCGAAUGUCUGAAAAACUUCAACGACGAAUUUUACUUCAGUAUUUAUCAAAAAUUAAAACAUCUCAGGGAUUCCGUAAUAUUUAAAUGUGAAUCGUGUGUUACUUCGUAUUCAAGCUUAGAAUACGCGAUACAGAGAUACAAGCAAACGUUCGACGUUUCCAAGACGAAGUUGUAUUUGAGCGAACUGUGUACGACUGAAAUGAGCGAUGUCGACGAAUUCGAGUCGAACGAAAUAAUGGAACCGGAAAGUACGACGUGCGACAUCAAAAUAGAACCCCAAGAUGAAAUGGAAACCGAGUGUGUCAUUAAAAUAGAAACUACGUCGCCAUAAAAUUGAAUGAAUAUUGUAUUAGUUUAUUUGAAAAAAUGGUGUCGUCAUACGACCGUGUGAAACAUAAAGUGAUUG